GGCGGCGCGGCCCGGCCCGCCCGCCGGUUUGAAAGUUGGGGGAGAAGCGGAGGCCGUGGGGGGAACGGUCAGGGCUCGGCCCGGCGGCUGCGUGGGGAGGCGCGGAAUCAGCGCGGGAGAAACUGUUUUGCUGUGAGGUGCCAGAGCCUGGACAGGCUGCCCAGAGCGGGUGCGGAGGCUCCUGGAGACGUUAAACCCACCCGGGAUCCGGUGUGAUCCGCUCUGGUGACCCCGCGUCAGGGGAUCUCCAGUGAUCCCUCCAGCCUCAUCCAGGCUGGGAUUCUGUGGGAAGAUGAGCUGGGGAAUAUGUGGAAAAGCCGCUGAAGCUGGUGCUGAAAGUCGGGGGAAGUGAAGUUGCUGAGCUCUCCACUGGAAACGCGGGACUCGAUUCAAGCCUGUACGAAGACAAAUCCGAACAUGAAAAACACAAGGACAGAAAAAGGAAAAAGAGGAAGAAAGGAGAAAAACAAGUUCCAGGGGAGGAAAAGGAGAAAAGAAAGAGAAGAGUUAAGGAGGACAAAAGGAAACGAGAUCGAGACCAUGCAGACAGCGAGGGAGAAGAGGAAAUGAAGUGUCAGACCCCCAUCAGAUUGGAAUUGCCACCGGAGAAACCAUUGACGAGUACCUUAGCGAAACAGGAAGAGGUGGAGCAGACACCACUUCAGGAAGCUCUGAAUCAACUCAUGAGGCAGCUGCAGAGAAAAGAUCCAAGUUCUUUCUUUUCAUUUCCUGUGACUGACUUUAUUGCCCCUGGCUACUCCAUGAUCAUUAAAAACCCGAUGGAUUUUAGUACCAUGAAAGAGAAGAUCAAGAACAAUGGGUACCAGUCCAUAGAAGAACUGAAGGAUAACUUCAAACUGAUGUGUACUAAUGCAAUGAUUUAUAACAAACCAGACACCAUUUACUACAAAGCCGCAAAAAAACUGCUGCACUCAGGGAUGAAGAUACUCAGCCAGGAGAGAAUUCAGAGCCUGAAACAAAGUAUAGAAUUCAUGGCUGACCUGCAGAAGACGAGGAAGCAGAAGGACAAGGCGGAACUGCAGCAAACUGGGGACGAUGACAAUGGUCCUGGGAGAGACAAAGGAGAACCUGUGGAUGGUGACACCAAAGCGUCCAGGACACCUUGCAAAGACCAGAAAAAGAAGGACAAAGAUCUACUUGAAGACAAAUUACGAAACAAUAGCUUGGAAAGGGAACAAGAGCAAAUUGACCGUAUUGUUAGAGAAUCUGGAGGAAAAUUAACAAGACGACUUGCAAAUAGCCAGUGUGAGUUUGAAAGAAGAAAGCCAGAUGGUACAACAACUCUAGGCCUUUUGAAUCCAGUCGACCUCACUGCGGGAGAACCAGGUUACUGCCCUGUAAAGCUGGGUAUGACUGCAGGAAGACUUCAGUCGGGAGUUAAUACCUUACAAGGGUUCAAGGAAGAUAAAAGAAACAAAGUUACUCCAGUGACAUACUUGAAUUACGGACCCUAUAGUUCCUAUGCUCCGACGUAUGAUUCUACAUUUGCCAACAUAAGCAAAGAAGAUUCUGAUUUAAUCUACUCCACGUAUGGGGAAGACUCUAAUCCAGGAUCUUUCAGUAUUCAUGACUUUCUGAUGAAAUCGCAAGAUUACCCUUUCUUAAUGGCUGACAGUUUGCUUGACGUUCUGACCAAAGGAGGACAUUCUAGAGCUCUCAGAGAACUAGAAACGCCACUGGAGGAGGCUGAAGGCCCACAUGAAAGAAGCGAGGCAAUCAAAGAUGUAAAGAUGAUGGAAAUGGAUCUUGCUGCCAGGUUGGACUCUGCGAACAACGACAGGCUCACGGCGCUGAAAGCAGUCACGAACUUCGGCAUGCCCGUAGAGGAGUUCGAUUCGGAGGAGGCCGAAAUCUUCCAGAGGAAACUUGAUGAAACAACAAAGCUGCUGAGAGAACUCCAGGAUGCUCAGAAUGAACGACUCAGUACAAAACCGCCCCCUAAUAUGAUUUGUCUCCUGGGUCCGUCUUACAGAGAGAUGCACUUGGCGGAGAGGGUCACCAACAACCUGAAAGAACUCGCGCAACAAGUGACUCCAGGUGAUAUCGUCAGCACGUACGGAAUCCGGAAAGCCAUGGGGAUUUCGGUUCCUCUGCCCGAUGCAGAAGACAGCUGGGUAGAUCUCACAGAGGAGCUUCAAGAACCGAAGAAGCCCGUCGCCAUCCCCGACCCAGAGUGCGGCCCCGUCACCGUCUGAAGCGUCAGCUCCUUCUGCAGCCGUUUGUUUGAUGAACUUCCUUCAGGUGCAUUCACCAGACUGUGUAUAUUAUGUGUUAAAACUACUUUUGUUUAUUAAAUUUUGGAACUGAUGACAUUUGAAAUUGAAUUGUUUGUAUGAAGAGUUACUUCUGUUACAUAAAUGCACUAAAUUAUUCUUUUUGCAUUCCUUAUUAUUUUAAAGCAGCUCUGCAGCAUUUAAGCUUCCUGGAUUGUUAAGUGUCUGGAAAAGUCCAAGUGUAAGUGAAAAUGUGCCUAUAUAUGGUGCUGGGACUCAACCAAACGUUUCUAGAAGCAAUGUAUAGACUCUGUACCCGAAUUUGGUUGGGGCAAAAAUCAUUAGUAUCUGGACACGCAAGUUUUUCCCUUUUUAAAAUUCCUGUGAAACUCUUACAAUCAUGAGGAAGAGAAAUAAACUUUUUAAAUAAAA